GCCAAGUGCCUGAUGAACUGCGAGGUGGCGAUAAUCCUGGAGCACAAGUGGGAGCAGCUGCAGCACAUGUCGGACGGCGGCGCCGACCAGGUCUCGCAGGUGUUCGAGAAGUCGCAGGCCUACGUCAAGCGCUUCAGCCGCUACAAGAACCCCGACGCCGUCCGCCAGGUCCGCGAGACGCUCUCCCGCUACAGCCUCGUCGAGUUCGAGCUCUGCACCCUCGGCAACCUCUGCCCCGACACCGCCGACGAGGCCAAGGCGCUCGUCCCCUCCCUCGUCCCCGGCGGCAGGUUCGACAGCGACGACCGCGUCGACAAGAUGCUCAACGACCUCUCACUCAUCAAGAAGUUCGAGUAGCCGCCCCCAUAAUAUGCUCCUUCUUGCUCUUCUUGUGUUCCUCCAGUGGACAUGGACAUGGAGACCGUGUGCCAUUUAUCAGUCUCAAGAAGUACUAGCUACUAGUAGCCUAGUUUGGUGAUAUGUUUAAUCUUCAGAUUAUCUCCUCCUAUGCUAUGAUCAUAAGGCAUCAGCAGUGUCAAUCUCAAAUGUAUGGAGUUGAUUAAACCUUGUUGUUAUGCUGUCUUGGAGAAAAAUGUAGUAGCUUCUUGUUGGAGAUAUAUGGAGUUUACCCUCCUAUAUGCUAUGACUAUAAGACGGAGUUGAUUAAACAUUUGUUGAUAUCA